AUGAUCGCCAAAUUGCGAGAGUCUUUGGCUGGUCCAGGGUAUGUGAUUCUGAAUGCUACUCGCGUUCUCAACAUCAUCGUCUUCCUCGACAUCAUCGCCGCCUGUGCUGUGAUGCUGGUCAAGAUCGACAUGGUCAACAGUUUCUUCUUCUUCCAAGCCGUCUCCCACGCCAUAGUCGCGCUGAUCAGCAUCUUUCUCAUUGUCUCUGAACUGCCCAUCGGUCGGGACUACUUCGACCGUAACUGGCCGCUCUUUGGUCAGGACGCCGGCUUCAUCACUCUUGCCGGGAUCAUGAUGAUUCUCGGAGUGGCUGUGCUGGGACACCUCAACACAGAUGCCAUGAGCCAGAAGUCGCUCGGGCUGGCAUUCUGGAGAAUUGUCCUUUCGGCCGGGAUUCUGGCAAUGGUACUGAGCGUGGUGAACAUCGUCGCGACCUUCGUCUUCUCCGACCGUAAAGCAGGCGUCAGUGCUCGCCAUGUCCGGGUAUAUGGUGCGGUGGCUCCUCAGAAGGUGGUGAGUCGGACCAGCAGUCGUCGGUCAUUUCAGCUCAGUCUGAAGCGUGAAGACUCGCUCCCAACCUACUCCGCAUCUCCCAUGAAACGCACGGCCAAGCGCCUGACGGCUCGCUUCCCGCUCAAGAUCUCGGCGCCCAUCAAUCAUCACAAUACCAACGAUGCCGCCUCGUCCAAGUACUCGCGAGACUCGGCCGGGGUCACGAUGCCAGACCUGACGCACCAUCCGGCGAUGUAUUCGGGACAUGUCAUCAAAUCGGUGCUUAUCUUCUUCGCACCGAUCAUCCUCCCGCGUCUUAUCCGUGCCUACCGCAAUUUCCGCUCGUCAUCCUCAUCUCGCCCCCCUCCGCGCUACCUCCCUGACGGACCCGCUCGGUCAUUGAAUGUCCUGUUUGGAGGCAUUGUCUUAUUUCUGCUUUUGAGCUUGCCCUUCAACCCACAUGCGCCUGAAGCCAAUGUCUUUGCCCUGACUCGGUCACGCAUCAAUACCCCGACCGAUGUCCUCUUCCAUCGCCUCGCGCGGGUCCGACCCGACGGCGAAUUGACCGACGCCGACUCGCUUCUCAAGACCAAGUUUACCUCACUCGGCGCCCGCAAAGUGUACCUCACCUUCGGCCCCGAUACCUUGACAUCAUGCCAGUUCUGCUCGUUCGAUAACCUCCACACCUUUCUUCUCUACUACCUGCCUUUCCAUGUGAUCCUCCCACACCUGGUACAUUUCCUGCUCUUGGGCGUGGCGACUUCGGCAUCAUUCGGAGCCCGGGAGUCCGCGCGCUGGCGGACCAAGUUUACUUUGGCGGGGUUGGCGCUGUUCGCGCUGGAUGUUCUCUACAACCAGAUCUCACUGAUGCGGCCGAUGGCGUUUAUGAUUGUCGACGUGUUCUGCGCCCUCAUCCUUUACCUCUCGGCCACCAACCGGUUCUUCGUCAAGCCGCCUCCCGCGGGCGAGCAGGUCGAGGAUGCACUGGAAAUGGCCUUGAAGGGGAUGAUGACAACGAGCAGUAAGCUUCACGCUGUGAACGUGACCCGCAAUGCUGUCGUUCGGAACAAGUCGCUCAAGUCGCUCGACGAUCUAUACUGGCAGACGAUAGUAGCGGCAGAGAACCCGACUGGAGACACGGGCAACGCGAGGUCGAUGGUUAGCAACAGCCUUUGGGACGAAGAGGAGGUGGCGAAAGCCAUUUCACGGGCCAUGGCGGGUCAAGGCGGGGUGGAUUUGGCAGAGCUGGGAGUGAAUGCCAACGACUUUGUGCGCGGGGCGACGCAGGGUUUGGAGCUCUGA